CUAUCGUGAAUGAUAUUUAAGUUCAGGCACUGUAAACAAGUUCCACAGUAUGCGUACAAAAAAUGUAAUGAAAAAGGUAGUGCAGAAAAUGCCGGCAGAAUUUCUGACUCACUAUUUGUGAUUAAAAAAACGCAUAGAACAAGCUUUGUACGUUUCGCCAGGGAAUAACUUUUAUUAAAGGCUGACUUUAUCCAAAAAGAGUCUGAACUUACUAAAUAUACCAGAAUACAAGUUAUCAGACUUCAUGGCGGAUCCACGUUUACGACAAUUGACAAUCAAAACGGGAGUUGUGAAGCGAUUGACAAAGGAGAAAACAGUUUGUGAAAAGGAAGUGGUUACAGAGCAGAAUCGUUUGGAAAGAUUCAAGAGUGAAGGUGCAGAUGAGCACGUUCUAAAAAAACAAGAAGAAGUAAUAGCUGAGUGUUUGAUGAUGCUUCCAGACACAUUACGCAGAUUAAGAAAAGAGUUAGACACACUUGAAAAAUUCUUGUCAGAGGAAGAAGAACUCAUAGAAACAAAAGAGUACGAAACUGCAAUACAGGUUGUAAACGAUGCCAAGGAAGUGCUUGCGAAAAAAGAUUAACCAAUUCCAUAUCAAAAAAAUAAUUUUAAUUGUAUAAGUGCACAAGCACAAUUCAUUAACUCUUAAUAGAAAACACUUUUUUUUAUCGCAUUAAAAACUGAUUCUCAAGCGGCUUGAAUAAUUAAUAGUAAUGUUUAAAACUAAUGAUAAAAUUUUAAGUAUCUCGCUUCUAAAAAACAGUAUAGAAACCAUACUUACAAAUAUCAAGGAAUUAGAAAGGGUUAAAUCCGACGGCAAUGGAGAUUGUGGAGUACAUGUGAAUAUACUGGAGAAAAAAACAAAAGAGUUAAUUCAGAAAGUGGAAACUGCGCCAUUAGAACGAUUAACUAAAGUGUUAAAGAAAAAAAAACUAAAACGUCAACGAAAAAAAUAUAAACUAAAACAAAUGAAAGCUGAAGCUAGAAAUAGAUUUACAUUCCCAGAUCUGAAGUCAGAAAGAAUCUCAAAGAUGAUACAAAGCAAUGAUUAUCCUUCGAACCCGUCUUAUGUUGAAGACAUAUCUUCCUUAAAAAAAUAUCCACAUAUUCGUUUACUGAAACAACAUGAUGCUCAACGUUUUCUCCGAACCUUUGAAUUGUUAAAAAUGUUACAUUUUUCACGUGGACAGAACUUAGAUAAUACAAAAGAAUUUUAUGAACAACUACGUGAUUUGCGAAUCUCUUGGAACAAAGUAUUAGAGGAAAAUAAGGUAGAAUGUACACAAGGACACGUAGAGGAUCAAUGGAAUGACACAAUUUUUGGGUCGGUCGAACAUUCCUGCUAUGACGGUGAGCAAAAAAUGAGCGACUUCCUACGAAUACGACGCAUUUGGGAUAGCUAUUUGACGCGUAGUAAACAUGGUUCUUCCAUACCUAUUGGUUGGAUCCUUCCCAGUGAAAAUGCCAGUUCACAAUGGCAGCUAUACCGAGCCAUGUGACCGUUCCUAGUUCUAUACCUAGUGGUUGAAUUAGUGACGUUGUGUUUAUGUUUUUUUUUAUGAACAAACGAGUUCGAAUAUAUUGUAACCACUUGCAAAUAAAAUGUUUAUUUAUGUAAAUCACUUUUAUUGGAA